AUGGAUAUGAGCCCGCUGAGGCCCCAGAACCAUCUCUAUGGUUGUGAACUAAAAGCCAACAAAGAUUACCACUCUAAGGUGGAUAACAAUGAAAAUGAGCACCAGUUGUCAUUAAGAAUAGUCAGUUCAGGGGCUGGUGCAAAGGAUGAAUUGUACACUGCUGAAGCAGAGGCUAUGAAUUAUGAAGGCAGUUCAAUUGAAGUAACACUGGCAACAAUGUCUGUACAGCCAAAAGUUUCUCUUGGGGGCUUUGAAAUCACUCCACCUAUUGUCUUAAGGUUGAAGUGUGGUUCAGGGCCUACACAUAUUAGUGGACAACAUUUAGUAGCUGUGGAAGAAGAUGCAGAGUUGAAAGAGGAAGAGGAAGAAGAUAUAAAACUUCUAAGUAUAUCUGGAAAGCGACCUGCCCCUGGAGGUGACAGCAAGGUUCCACAGAAACAAGUAGAACUCACUGCUGAUGAAGAUGAUGAGGACAAUGAGGAUGAGGAUGAUGAUGAUGACAAUGAUGACGAUGAUGAUUUUGAUGAAGAAACUGAAGAGAAAGCUCCAGUGAAAAAAGGGCAGGAAUCCUUCAAGAAACAGGAAAAGACUCCUAAAACACCAAAAGGACCUAGUUCUGUAGAAAACAUUAACACAAAAAUGUAA